GUCCUGCCGGGGCCGGAGUUGGGGGGAUGUCCUUGGCCUUCCCUGUGGGCCGGAGGCAAAUCCCCUCCCUGUCCUUCUUGCUUCCUGCCCCAGGCCCCGAGCUGAGGACGGAGAGCCCGGAGGACAAAUGCCCCCGUCAGAGCCUGGUGGGAGAGGCCGUUUUGAAGGGCUCCCCGGCGCAGGAAGGCAGCGGGGAGGAAAAGGGCCGGAGAUCCCCCCGCAGGAGGGGCUCCAAAGCCAGCCCAGGGUGCUCUGAGGAGGAAAGAGCCAGCCUGUGCUGGGAAGGUGGCCAGGGCUUGAGGGGGAGCUCUGAGCUGGUGGUCCCUGAGCAGCCUCCCAGCAGGGAAAAGCCCUUCAGAUGCUUGGAAUGUGGGAAGAGCUUCAGGAACAGCUCCGACCUCCUCACCCACCAGCACAUCCACACUGGGGAACGGCCCUACACAUGUGGGGAAUGUGGGAAGAGCUUCAGGAACAGAAGCUGCCUCUGCACCCACCGUCGCAUCCACACUGGGGAACGGCCCUACAUGUGUGAGGAAUGUGGGAUGAGCUUCAGGAAGAGCUCCACCCUUGUCACCCACCUGCGCAUCCACACCAGGGAACGGCCCUACACAUGUAGGGAAUGUGGGAAGAGGUUCAGGAACAACUCCAACCAGAUCCAACACCAGCUCAUCCACACUGGGGAACGGCCCUACUCGUGUGGGGAAUGUAGAAAGAGCUUCAGGCAGAUCUCCCACCUUCUCAAGCACCAACACAUCCACACUGGGGAACGGCCCUACAAGUGCUUGGAGUGUGGGAAGAUGUUUCAGACCAGCUCAGAUCUCCUCCUGCACCACCGGACACACACGGAUGAGAGGCCCUUCCGCUGCACUGACUGUGGGAAGGGCUUCAGCCAGAACUCCCACCUUGUCAGGCACCGACGCAUCCACACCGGGGAGAGGCCCUACAAGUGUGGGGAGUGUGGGAAAAGCUUCACCCAGAGCGGUAACUUGACCUCACACCAACGGACCCACCGGUAAGGGAAACCCUCGAGUGCCCCGACUGCAGGAAGAGCUUCGACCUCUGCUUCUACCCCGAAUGAACCCCGCUGAUGCU